AUGGCUCUGUCUCUGUCUCUGAGGUACCGUCGUGUAAAAGAAAUUUCACGGUGGUUUCUUCAACCACUUGUCUACUACUCAGGUGGUUGUUAUAAGCAAUAUGGAAAAGGUUUAAGCUCAGUGCCAUUUUCUCCUGAACAAAUUGCUAAUGGGACUUUACUGUCAGGGUUUCAUCAACAUAGGUUCUCUACAUUGGCGGAUGUAUCACAUAAACAUGCUCCUGAAGUUGAUCUUUUGUCUUUUAUAAAAUCUUCUUUGGAUGAACUUGAAGGCACCCAUCAUUAUUGGUUAAACAGAUCUGUUAAAAAUAAACAAUUUUUUGGCAUUGAUGGAAUUCAUGGAUUUCAUGGAACUUUUUUGGUUCUUGCUGCAAGAAAUUUCGAGUGUGGCAUUAUGUUUCAAAAGUUGAAGGCAAUUCAGGAAAGGUUCCCUCAUAUUACUAUUAUGGGCUUUAAACUAAGUAAUUCUUCUGAUCGCGAGAACCUAAUUCAGUUACUGGUGACAGAAAAUAUCACAUUCCCUAUUUUGUUGUCUCAUAGGACAUUUCCUCAGAUAAAGAAUGGGGCUUGCUACAUACUAUUUGAAAGUUUUAAGAGCCCAAUGACUUGUUAUGAGAAGGACGUCAGUCUUGAAAUUCUAUCCCAAGCUAUUCAAGGGUUACAGAAGCUACCAAGUGAUCAUUCUAAGUUGCUCAAUGUCUUGAGAUCUACAUCUUGGAAGCAAGAUAUUAUCACUAAGGAUCAGUAUAUUUGUUCUCCUCUACAGAACUUACUUCUAUUUUACCCAGGCUGCGUCUCUGCAGAUGAAAGUGCUAACCGUCUCUUCAUUUCUGAUUGCAAUCAUCACAGGAUUAUUGUAUGUGAUGGCAAUGGGAAGAUUAUGGACUGUAUUGGCUCUACCCCAGGACUUGAAGAUGGCGAUUUUGAAUCUGCUAAAUUAAGGCGUCCGGCUGGUUCAUAUUACAAUGCUACUGAGGAUUGCUUAUAUUUUUUGGAUUCAGAGAACCAUGCUAUUCGGAGAGCGGACAUGGAAGCACGUUUAGUACAAACUCUUUAUCCGACAAGCACUGUUAAAAAAGGAGGAAUAUGGAACAGGAUCAUGAGUAAGCUUGGUCUAGAAAGCAGUGUGGACACCAAUGAAGAGGAAAAACCUGAAGUAUUUGAUUCUAAAUCAUUAUAUUUCCCUUGGCAUCUGUUGAAAUUAGAUGAUGACACUCUCUAUAUUAUAGAUCGCAGGUUUCAAACUUUAUGGACCAUGGAUUUAGGUUCAGGAAAAGUAGACGGAGUUUUCGAAGGUUCUCCUAAUAUUGUUGAGAAAUGCGGCCAGCUAAUCAGACAAAAUUUAUCGAUCUUAGAUAAGACUCCCUGUGACCAGUUUCAACAGAAAACUAAUGAUGUGUGUGCGCUUGAUGGCCUACCACAUUCGGUUCCUUUAUCUUCAUUGACAACCUUGCAGAAUCACAUGUUCAUUUGUGAUAAGGUUCGACAGAGGAUUCUGAAGAUCAAUAUUGAAUCCGGGGUCUGUUUGGACUUCCAGUUAUCUAAUUUAGGGUUACUUGGAUUUCCUUAUUGGUUGAAUUCCCCUCCGGAGUUGUUUUAUGCCAGUGGAAAUGGACUUUCAGAUACAGCAAUUAAUCAUCUGGAACAUUUUGAUUUGCCACCAGGUAAGAUUGACAUAAAGUUGAGUGUAGAUGUUCCUUCAGAGUUUGAGCUUGUAGAGCCAUUACAAGAAUCCUGUAUAUGGCGCCAAGCAAGAGGUUCAGCUACUGAAAUCUCUGGAAUGGAUGAUCCACAAUCCAUAGAGAAGGUUGGGGUUGCACAACAGUGGUACAACGAAUUGGAUUAUGUUGCAACUCUAAAACCCGAACCUGAAAUGAUUGGAGAUGAUAAUAACCUGGAUGAAAAUAUAGCUGUGGAAGAAGAUGGGAAAGUUUGGAUUACUAGUACUAUCCUCACUAGCCCCGGAACAAGCGAGGUUGUUAUUUUUGCUGUACUGUAUUGUAAACUUAGAAAAAUUUCAAACUCUAAUGAUGGCAACCAAGAGAAAUAUGCAGCAAGGAUUCUUGAUUUUUUGAGCUCAAAGAGAUCUGGUAAAAGCGAGAGAGAUUCAUGGAAUACAUUUCUAUUGCAAUCUAAAGGCGAUUUAAGAGAUCUUAUUUUCACAAAACUGGUACAUGUCAGAGUAAGAUUAAAUUGUUCUGAACAUCCUAAGACUGAAAAUGGAAGGGAUUUCAUCCUAACAGACAACUCAAUUAAAGUGAAUGUGUUGCUCAAUUAA